AGGGAAACAGCCAGGCAGGGAACGCUAAGUCCUCACUUGAAGGUGCAGAGAGCAGGUAACUACCUUGAGUUAUUCUAUUCAAUCCAAAGGCUUAAUGUCCAUGAAUUUCCCAAGAAGGUAGUGAUAAAGACUACAACCCAGAACUCAUCUCUCAAACUACCAAGAACUUUGCAGGAUCUCACACAGAAAUGACACUGUGAUCCCAUCCAUCAUUCAAGCCAGAAACCAGCAACAAAUCAGCUCCUUCUCUUCUGUCAAUUUGUGUAUCUAAAGAACAUCCAAGUUUGGUCAAUGCUACCUUUGAAAUUCACCUAUCUCCCGCAUCACUACCAUUACCUGUUUUUCACUGUCAUCAUCUUUCACUUGAUCAAUAAUUGGGAGUGGAAAAACUGGGACACAAACCAGUUUCUAUAUGGAACUGUAUGAGAUAGCAGUUUUCCUCUCUAUGACACAAUAUUAGACCCAAAAGUCAAUAACUUCAAUCAUGAGAAUCAACAGGAUCUAACUAAAAAGAUGGCUAGUCAAUUUGACUGCCAAUACUGCACAGAGUCACUUCUGGGGAAGAAGUAUGUCCUAAAGGAUGAUAGUCCAUACUGUAUCUCUUGUUAUGAUCGCAUCUUCUCCAACUAUUGUGAGCAUUGCAAAGAACCAAUAGAAUCAGAUUCCAAGGAUCUUUGUUACAAAGGCCGGCACUGGCAUGAGGGAUGCUUCAAGUGCUCCAAAUGUAACUACUCUUUGGUGGAAAAGCCAUUCGCUGCCAAGAAUGAACACCUGCUAUGUACUGAGUGCUAUUCUAACGAGUGCUCCUCUAAGUGCUUCCACUGCAAGAAAACCAUCAUGCCUGGUUCUCGCAAAAUGGAAUUUAAGGGAAAUCACUGGCAUGAAACCUGCUUUGUAUGUGAGCAUUGCCGACAACCAAUUGGGACUAAGCCUUUGAUCUCCAAAGAGAGUGGCAAUUAUUGUGUACCCUGUUUUGAGAAGGAGUUUGCUCACUACUGCAACUUUUGUAAGAAGGUGAUAAAAUCAGAUGGGAUAACUUUUCGUGAUCAACUCUGGCACAGAGAGUGUUUUCUGUGUAGUGGCUGCAGGAAAGAGCUCUGUGAAGAAGAGUUCAUGUCCAAAGAUGAUUAUCCAUUCUGCACGGACUGCUACAUUCAUCUUUAUGCCAAAAAGUGUGCAGCCUGUACCAAACCCAUUACAGGUCUCAGAGGUGCCAAGUUUAUCUGCUUUCAAGAUCGCCAGUGGCACAGUGAGUGCUUCAACUGUGGAAAGUGUUCCACUUCGUUGGUGGGUGAAGGCUUCCUAACCCAGAACAUGGAAAUCUUCUGUCGCAAAUGUGGCUCUGGGGUAGAGACUGACAUCUAGAAGGAAACAGCCCCUCUCUACCUGAAAUCCACUUCGCAUUGUUCUCACUAAAUCAAGAACACAGU